UGAAGGGGUUAAUCUCAUGGUGAGGUUUCACAUGCUGCUGCACGCGUGUGACUAACACAGUUUUUUGUUCAGACUCUAGGACGGUCGAUACCGAACUUUACACUGCGACUGUACACAAAAGAUAUCAGCAGCCAUGGGGAAAGGAUGCAUUUCAGUCGCCAAGUACUUCCUGUUCCUGUUCAAUUUCCUUAUCUUUAUUUUUGGAGCUUUAAUCAUGGCCUUUGGAUUAUGGGUCAUGCUGGAUAGCCAGAAUUUCAUUGCAGUUUUGCAAGAGUCAUCCACCACGCUGAAAGUUGGCGCCUACAUCCUUAUUGGAAUUGGCUCACUCUCAAUGCUCAUGGGAUUUCUAGGCUGCAUUAGUGCCAUUUAUGAGAUCCGCUGUUUACUUGGACUGUACUUCACCUGUCUCCUGCUCAUCCUUAUCGCCCAGGUGACGGCUGCUGUCCUCAUCUACUUCCAGAAAGACCUGGUAAAGGAUGAGAUGUCCACUGUUGUAAACAAAAUUCUGGUGAAUUACACGGGUCAUAACAAGACAUCAGAGCAAGCCUGGGAUUAUCUCCAGAGAACGAUGGAGUGCUGUGGUUGGAAUGGACCAUCUAACUGGACAGAGAACAUGUUGAUAAAGAACAGCUCUCAGAUAUUGUAUCCGUGCUCCUGCGGAAAUGAAUCAAUCAGUGGCACAGAUAACAAAGAAAGAGGACUGUGUCCGAGUUUGACAUCUGAGUGGCCUGUCUUCACUACGGGUUGUAUAUCUAGUGUGGAGGACUGGAUCCUUAGGAACUGUGGUGUUAUUCUGGGAGUCUGUGUUGGAAUAGCAGUGAUUGAGCUUUUAGGGAUGAUCCUAUCCAUGUGCCUCUGCAAGAGUGUUCAACAGGAGGAUUACGCCAAAGUACCUAAAUACUAGAGUAAAACCCCUUUCAGUGUCUCACUUACACAUCAGCAAACACCAGUGUUACAGGCUCUACACCAGCAGACCAACUGGAACAAUGCGGAUCAGAGAACAUUUUAUCACAAGAAAUGCACACGCUCACACACAUAUUCUUAACUUUAUUAUCUCCAUUAAAUAUUGAUAUGGCACCUUGUAUAGGAUAAACGUUUUAUGAUGGCGAUUUUCUUAAAAGAUUUCUAACUCAUGUAUAGAUAUACUGUACGCUGACUGUGUGUCUGUAGAUUUUCUGUGCUGUUGCAUUUAUGGUUUUUGUUAUUAGUUGAAUAUGAGAGCACUUUAGUGAAUAGAGAGUUUGAUUGAUAUGGGAAAGAGAUAUGACCAACAUUUUUAAUGUUUUUUACCUUUUAUCUUUUUUUAUUUUUAUGUUACUUGAGAAUUGUAUGCUUUCAAUUCCGGUUAUGUAUAUAUCUUCAAGAAUGACAUCCUUCACUGAGGUUUGUUCAUGGUGAAUAGCUAUAUCCUAGUUAUCACAACACUUAAUGAUGAGUCACAAAACUUUGGGUGGGUGUUAUUAGCUGGGGUUGGUCACUCAGGGUGUUGUCAGGUGUGGUAAGGAUAAACAUGGCUGUGGUUGAAGAAUUUGAGGUCACACCAGAAGAUUGAAGAUGGGAAUUGCAUUGUAUAGUGUUUGUUGUGGUUUACAUGUGUGACCGAAAGCAUCUCUAAGAAUCCUGUUAAAAAAAAAUAUUUGCUGGAUUAUUUUGUAUUAUUUAGUAUGCUUUUGACCGCAUGACUUAUUUUAACAUACCUCUAGAACAUCAGAUACUGAAAAGCAGUUUUCAGAAGCCAUGUUUAUGUAGUACGAUUUAAGGGCUAAAGUAGUGCAAAACAUGUCUGUGCAAAAGUUAAGAAUUCGAUUAAAUGAUAACUUUCA